AUUCUUAUUUCUUUAAUUUUCUUAACUUAUAUUUUGCUUAUAUUUAUUAUUAUGAUUUAUGAAUUCAGUAAAAAUUUGAAAUUUAAAUUUUCUCUUAAUUCUCAUAGUAUUUAAUAAAAUAUUCUUCUAGUCUGGCAAGUUGUUAGACUUUAUUGAAAAACAUAAUAAUAUAUUCAAUUAAUAACAUUUUGAGACAUGGGUGACAUUAAAGAAGAAGACUGGAAUUUACCCGAGUGCAAAUAUGAAUAUCUGGACCAUACAGCAGAUAUUCAAAUACAUGCGUGGGGAAGUACAUUGUCUGAAGCAUUUGAACAAUGUGCCAAUGCUAUGUUUCAUUACAUGACAGAGGUUGAUUAUAUUGAAAUGAAAGAGUCAUAUGAAAUAGAAGUCGAGGGUCAUGACAUGAUGACUCUUUUGUAUAAUUUUCUUGAUGAAUUGUUGUUCAUAUUUAGUGCUGAACCUAAUUAUAUUGCAAGAAAAGUACAAAUAGAAGUAUUUGACACAACAGCAUUUAAAAUUAAAGCUAAAGGCUUUGGAGAAGAGUUUCAACUUGGAAAACAUCCUCAAGGAACAGAAGUAAAAGCUAUAACAUUUUCCAAUAUGCAGAUACAUGAAAAUGAAGGGAAAUGUGAAGUGUUUGUAAUUUUAGAUAUUUAAGAAAUACUUAGGUUUUUGUUUAUUAUUGACUUGUUGGAUAUAAAUAUAUCCUGUAAGAUCACGAUAAGUCAAAUAACUAAGAAUGUUAUUUAAAUAUAUUAAUUUAUAUAUAUAUAUAAA